CGCUGGGCGCUCGCUCGCCCUGCUGCGCUGCACCCGGGCGCCCGGCUCUGGCUGUGCGUGGCCUCUGCCCCCGCCACCCGCCCCAGCACAACGGUGUGCGGUGAAGUCGCUCGCCACCGGGACCCCAGUCAGGGAGGGCCUGGCCACCGCUCAGACAGACUCCUUUGACUGUAGUCACCCCGGGAUUCCUCGGUUGCCCGGGUGUGGCUACCAGAAGCAUGGCCACCAGCGCUGUACCCAGUGACAACCUCCCCACGUAUAAACUAGUAGUGGUGGGAGAUGGAGGUGUGGGCAAGAGCGCCCUCACCAUCCAGUUUUUCCAGAAGAUCUUUGUGCCUGACUACGACCCCACCAUUGAAGACUCGUACCUGAAGCAUACGGAGAUUGACAAUCAGUGGGCCAUUUUGGAUGUUCUAGACACAGCAGGGCAGGAGGAGUUCAGUGCCAUGCGGGAACAGUACAUGCGCACUGGGGAUGGCUUCCUCAUCGUGUACUCAGUCACUGACAAGGCCAGCUUCGAGCACGUGGACCGCUUCCACCAGCUUAUUCUGCGUGUCAAGGACAGGGAGUCGUUCCCAAUGAUCCUAGUGGCCAACAAGGUGGAUUUAAUGCACCUGAGGAAAAUCACCAGGGAGCAAGGAAAAGAAAUGGCGACCAAACACAAUAUCCCGUAUAUAGAAACCAGUGCCAAGGACCCGCCUCUCAAUGUGGACAAAGCCUUCCAUGACCUCGUUAGAGUAAUUAGGCAACAGAUUCCAGAGAAAAGUCAGAAGAAGAAAAAGAAAACGAAAUGGCGAGGAGACCGGGCCACUGGCACUCACAAACUUCAGUGUGUGAUCUUGUGACAGCCUGAAACCCUGGGCAUAGCAACCAUGAACUGCUAGCCCCCGGGACCAGCCCACUGCCUAACUGCACUGAGAACCGUUUCUUACCACAGCCCUUGGCUCCGGACUGGGCACAGGAAGGGGGCCUGGCAGGAUGGGUAGGAGCAGACAGGGUCUGGCUUUGCCACCUCUCCCAGGAGACAAGCAACAGCUUCCAAGCCCUCCGUGUGUUGAUCGAGCCCAGUACCCAGUCUCUUGGUGGAUGUGCUGUUCCUUUUAAGUACAUAGGGCUGAUUUGCUGUGGAAGUGUUUAUCCACACCCAAUAUACUAGACAAGCCAUGAACAAGCUUCCUCCCCAACCCCGUCCCCAGUGUCUGAGCUCUGAUGUCUUUUGUAGAUUUUUAAAUUAUUUGAGUAAUGAUUAUUUUAUUAAAGAGGUCUGUGCCCACUGCCUGGCGAAGCCCCAGGUCUUCAGCGGACCUCUAGGAUAGUGUCUGGAACAGCGCUCUUGUCUUUCUAACUGAGAGUUCCUAGCAGUGCCAAACUCCAUCCAGAAUGACUGAGAUGGCAGAAGUUAGCAGAGGCCUUGGCAGAAGCCUGGGGUGGAGUCAAACCCAGGAAGCAAACCCCAGAGACCGGAGAGAGGGCAAUGAAUUUAUCUGGAGGAUGUCAGUAUAGUUGAAAAUGCAGAGAUUAGAAAAAUCCCCUCCCUGCUACCCGCCCCACCCCCACAGCCAUUGAAGUGAGAGCUAACUGGGACCAUCUCACCCCUAGAGAUGACCAUUUCCUUAUCCUGAAAGUGGGUGAGGUCGUUUGCUUUUCAGGCAAUGGGUAAAUGCUGUGUUUAGAUGUGGACAGGGCCCUGAGCUUCUCAGAUGUGUCCCUUCCUGCUUGCUCACUCCUGUGUGUUGCUGUGCCCCUGACACAACCACAGGGGCAUGUCCAAGGAGGUGACUGUGACACCAUCCAGAAAGCUGUUGUUCUGUGAUCGCUCUUAGCUGAAAGCACUCAACACUAUUACCCCUGAAGCAUCAGGACCUGAAGCCAUCGCUAUCCGAGUCAGCUGACCACCACCUUUCUAAGCCCAGCCAAUGAGCACACCCCUUCUGGCAUCAGCUGACCACCACCUUUCUAAGCCCAGCCAAUGAGCACACCCCUUCUGGCAUCAGCAGUGCAGCUGCCUCUUGGCGCAUACUUCCACUGCCUUAGAUCUUCUGUCUCCUGUCUUAGAUCAGAGGGGAAAGGAAAGUUGAGCUGGUAACACAGUCCCUACACUGCUUCAGUGGGGACACUGCUCCCCCACCAGGGUGCAUCCUUCCCUCUCUGCUUCUGUUGGUGGGGUAAAGAUUGAGUUUUUCCAGGUGGCAUCUGGGUUAGGGGGACAGGAGGGACAAGAUGCACUCUGUGGGAGGGUCACAAGAGAAGGCAGUGCAGCCAGUAAGCAACAUGGAAGGUCCCCACCAGGUGGCUGGGCCACUCUGGAGAAAGAAACUCAUGGAAAGAAACCCAAGGCAAGUGAGCACCAAGCGGAUGUCCAGCCUCACGGUUCUUUUCAACCCAGAAAGUCCUAACUUGUUGACACGCAGGACCAUCGUCACCGAAGGCCCCAUCCAAGGGACAGUUCUGCUACAGAAGGAAGUGAUUGCUAGCUAAAGAUCCAACUUCUAACCUGUCAAAGUGCCACCCUCCGCCCCACAUUUUUCUGUUCCUAAAAAGGAUACCAAAGAACAUUCCAGUUGAGGUAUCUCACCAUUUCCCAGAUCCUGUAAUACUUAGGAAUUUUUCAACACUAAGAGGACCGGGCUUUCUCUGGCCUUAGGCUCCCCGAGUCGCACCCACUGCAGUUGCCACCCGGAGAGGUGCAGGCUGCUCCCCAUGGAAUACGGAGAUGGAAGACCCUGCACUCGGGGCAGCAGCCACUACCAGAGAGCCCAUCUCCUGCCCACAGCACCCCUGCAUCUGGAGCCACACUCCACCGUGCUGAAUAGGGGCUAUCACUGGAAGCAGAGCAGUUGCCCUGAGUCACACAGGUGACUAGAAGGAGGCUCCCAGUACUCCUGCCCCUCUCGGAAGAGAGUGCAUCCAGGCCCAUCAUCCGGGACAUCCAUCCUCAACUGCCCACAUGCUAAGCUAACAUCUGGCCUUCUGCAGUCUCUGACUCAGGGCCGAUGGUAAACGUUCAUUUCCCAGAAUCCCAUGUUUCCCGUAAGUGAGAUAGGUAACACUCCAGAAUUAGAAAGGAGCCCUCAGAGUCUCCAGAGAGCCCAAGUCAAGUAUGCUCAGCACACCUCUAUCACCAACCAACAGAAAGCCUGGAAACCUGGUUGACCAUGACACCGUGCGACCUUUGAAUCUACAGCCGAGUUCUCAUUCUGAGGUUCCCUCUAGUUUUUCAGAAACCUGUUCCUAUCACAUCCCCUGAAGUUCACCCUCUCAGGAAUCCCCUCACCCCUGCGCCUCUUUGGUGUGCUCCCAUUUUCUCCCAUUACUCUGACGCCUCCUUAUGGGCUCUUUCCCCCUGGUCAUUCCUCCUCCCCCAGAAGGGGGCUAUGCCAUGGCUACUUUCUUCCCAAGCACUUUGCCACACAGGGGACAUCAGGAUGUUUGCCUUAGGAGUUUCCAGCCUCCCCAUGGCUCUUGCUGAGGAGAGUACCUGAUGGAAUUAGUGUACCUGUCUUGCCUGCCAGGAGAUGUGACCCACUAACCCAUGUCAACUCUAACCCCAGAGCCCCUCAGACCCUGCUACCCCAAGUCCAGAGCCACAGAGGGGUCCCUUCCUUUAGCAUCCCACCUGGUUGGAGACUCUACAUUGGCUGGGGUUUACCUAGAAUGCCAGAUACUUGAAACACUGAGCCCUUUGAGUGACAGUAUUAGCAGGUGGCCAUUGUCGUGAAGCGAGAGUGAUCCCUGGACGUCUUGACGAUGCUUGAGCCUUUUGUGUAACUUUCUAUCAAGUCUUUGUGUAUCUCUACUUAUUAAUAAAGAAACAAAGA